AUGGCCCGCGACAUCACCAUUGAUCCGGAUGUGCAUUUGGCACAGGACGAAUAUGACUCCCAAGACUGGAUGUCCGAGACCACCUCGAUCGGAUCGUCGAUAUAUAACGGCAUUUUCGAGAAUGGCCGCCGAUACCAGGCCCUCAAGGCCGAUGAAUACUGCUUCCCCGCUGAUGAGCAGCAGCUAGAAAGCUAUGACGCCGCACAUCUGGCUGCACUCAUCGCGGAGGUUGGCGAAAGAAACCCCCUGUUCCGCGCCCCAAUCGUCCCAAAGCGAGUCCUCGAUAUCGGCACCGGGAAGGGCUCCUGGGCCAUCGACGUCGCCGAUAUGUUUCCCGAGACUAUCGUCCGCGGCGUAGAUCUUUUCCCCCCGCCCGUCACCUGGCUACCCCCCAACUGCAUCCUGGAAGUCGACGACGUCCUUCAGGAGUGGACCUGGCGUGAGAAAUUCGACUUGAUCCACAUCCGUAUCGCGGCCAGUGCGUUCACCCCCACCGAAACAGAGGGCCUGAUGAAGCAGUGCUACGACCGUCUAGAGCCGGGCGGUUGGAUUGAACAGAUGGAGAUUCAUCCCACGAUCUAUUGCGACGAUGGUAGCGUUGCCUCGGACAAUGUCCUCUUUGAUGUUGGACCACGGUUCGACGCGGCCGCCAACAAGUCCGGCAAGCCCAUGGACCUAAUCAACACCAUGCGCGCCUCUAUCGAGAAAGCUGGGUUCAUCGACGUUCAUGAAAAGAGUGUCAAGUGGCCGAUUGGCCCAUGGCCCCGGGACAAGACUCUAAAGGACCUGGGUCUGGUUAACCUCAACCACUGGUUAACCGGCAUGGAGGGUUACACGAUGUACCUGAUGACCAAAUUUGGCGAGCCGGCCCCCUGGUCGACGGAGGAGGUACAGGUGUACAACGCCCAGAUUCGGAAGGAAUUAGUAAAUCCGCGCCAGCAUGUCUAUCAACGAGCGAAACGAGUGUGGGCUAGAAAGCCGCUUGACUCGGAAGUGACCAGGUCCCCGGAGGCCGAACCUGAGGAGGCUGAGCCUGAGAAGGAGAUCAAGACUGAGACCGAGGAAUAA